UCGUCGCGCAGCACCGGCCCGUUGCGCCGCGAGCUGAAGCAUGCAACAUUUUCAUCCAUAAGUCGAUUUUAAUAAUCAGGCUAUUUCAUCAGAGACUUGACAGGACCGUGCACGUAACCGUUUACACAAGAGAAGCUCAAAAGGAAGGGUACUAGCGUGUGGAAAUAAAGGUUCGUGUUAUCAGAUGGCGCUUUUGAAAUAACUCGUGUUCUCCCGAUGGUAUGACCGACGAUCGGGUUCGUCUCUCUUUGGGUGGUGCAGCGGUAAAGAUGGAUCACUUCCAAGCCGCACUGGAUCCACGUAAGCAAGAACUUCUGGAAGCACGUUUCCUCGGCGCUAGGAUGUCCGCCGGAGCCCAGCUGCAAAUGGCACCACAGACAACCAUUUUACAAGUCGGCCAGGACCAAGCGCAUAACCAUGCACACCAUAUGCAGCAGCAGCAGCAGCAGCAGCAUUAUAACAACCAACAGCAGCAGCUGCAGUCUGUCACCGCAUCCUUAGCGGUCGCGGCAUCUUCAAUGACCGAGAGUGGUGGCGAAGCCCGAGGAACUGAAGAUGGUGCAGACGAGAGUGGAACGAUAGUCUCAUCGAAUAGUAACGUGCAACAGCAACAACAGCUACAUCACCAUCAUACACACCAUCACCACCACCACCAACAACAUCAACAGCACCAUGCUCAGCAGCAGCAACACCAUCAAAAUAAUAACAAAGAUCAGGAUUCGAACAUGAGCACUUGUUCGUCGCAUAGUGAUAAGGAGAUCGAAGCGAUCAUUAGUGCUGCUGCUGCGGCGGCCGCGAUCGUUACUGCCGGAGCCCCGGGAACCACCAGUCACGGUAUCAUGCUGACAGCAACCGCUCCUUCAUCCGGUCCUGGGGAGAAAGUGACUCGCGUUGCUCCGACCGAGCGUAAGCGCAAACGAAAGGCUCCGGAAGAUAAUGGAUGUCUUCCGGCUAGUACCGGCGGAAUUGGCGCGGGAGGUGGUACGGGCACAUCGACAAGCACGGCAGCAGGAGCGGGAAGUAUCGCCAUUGUAGGCGGACAUUUACGUGAUAGUAGAGAUAAUAUUAAGGGCCCGCGGCUCUCCGUGUCCCUAAGUGAUACUAAGAUAAACGAUUAUUUUUCGAAACACCCGCCAGCAUCGAGCUCGCUGAUGCGCUCAACUGUCACGAAAGGAGUGAGCGGGAACUCCGGGGCGAAUACCGGCGGCGCUCGUACUGGGGUCGUGCACGGUGCAGCAGGUGGUUCUAUCGUAGGAGCAAUAAACAAUUCCACGAUCACCGAAGGAGGUGGUGGUAGCGCUGGUGAUGGUGGUGCCGGUAGUGGCGGUGGUGGAGGUAGUAGUGGAGGCAGCGAUGGCUGUAGCAGUGUGGGUAAUCCGCCAGGAGGAGUCAGUGGUUCUAGUGGUUCGGCAGGCGGAGGGACGGUGUCUGGUGGGAGUGGUGUUGGCGGAACCAGUCAAAGCCAAACUGCCAAGAGCACCAGCCCUCAGCUCGGACCUUAUCCGAUGUAUCCGCCCUCCACGAACCAACCAUCACAACAAGUGACCGAGCGCGGAGCGUCGUCGAUUCAAAGCAGCCAGCAGCAGCAGAUCGCCAGUAGCCCACAAUCGCAGCAACAGCAGGUCGAUCCGUUUAGUCGACCACAGCGACAUCCUGCUUCGUCAUCAACGUCAUCGGGCAAUAACAGCACCAUUUCCUUAUUAGUUCCUCACUCAACCGCCGCUACGGCAGCGGCAGCCGCGGCUGCUGCGGCCGUCGCGGCUGCAGCCGCCGCGAUGAUUGCUCCACCACCUUCCAUCUCCAACUCGACCGCGAUACAGAGCGCUUCGAUAGUGUCAGCCAGCGGAAGCGGUGGAACCAUCAUGUCCAGUGCAUCCCAAAAGCCACACCAACCCUUGAUGAGUGCUGCUACCGGACAGCCGCUGCAGGCGAAACAGCAACAGUCAUCGCAACCGUUACACCAGAAGCAGUCGGCAGUAACGGUGGCAAGUCAGUCGGGUCAAACCGGAAUGGUCCAGGCAUCCCAGCAACUGCAAACAACUUUGAUCAAUUCUUCACAGACGGCAACGACAACGGGGGGCCAAGGGCCCACGACUAUCAUUGUUGCCUCUCAUCAGCAACAACAGCAGACCUCGCAGUCCAUAGCGUCACUACAAGACUCGGCGGGACUAGGGACCACUAUCCACAGCACUAUAGCAGCAACGACUGCAGUGACUAAUCAGCAGCAACAGCAGCAACAGCAGCAGCAGGAACAACAGCAGCAGCAGGAGCAGCAACCGCAGCAGCAGCAACCGCAGCAGCACCAACCGCAGCAGCAGCAACCGCAGCAGCAGCAGCAACCGCAGCAGCAGCAGCAGCAACAGCAGCAACCGCAGCAGCAGCAGCAGCAACAGCAGCAACAGCUGCUGCAGAACAAUCACAUUUCAGUAACCACUUCCACCGCCAAUAACAACAAUACUGUCCUCAACACGUUGGUGCUUAGCAGCAGUUCCAACAGUAGCAACAGCAACAAUAGCACUACCGGUAGCACGAGUAACGGAGGUGGUAGCGGCGGUGGCGGUGGAGGUGGUGUUGGCUGUGGGGCCACCGGAUCGGGAAUCGGUGGUGGUAGUAAUGGUGGUGGUGGGAUCAGUCUCUCCAAAACAGCUGCCUCACUGAACAGCAGCAGUCUGUUGGGCGGUGCAGGUAAUAACAAUAGCACUUUCCAGCUGCGAGCCACGACCCCUUCGCCCACGCCUUCGACAGUACUGGGUGCGAUGACGGGGAGACUACCAACCUCGAAGAUUCCCGCCAUCGCCUUGACGAAUUUGACUGCAACGACGGUAGCGGUGUCGGCAUCGGCCGUCGCGAUAUCACCGCCCCAGAUGCUAUCAAAAAUGGUGCAGACCGAAUUAACACAAGUAGAUAUGAGCGAGCGGGAGCACGAUUUCGAUGCGAGCCGCACGCGCAUUGACGAACUGGCACGCAUGUCCGAUGAGCAAAAAACCCAGAUCGGCGUGAAUCAGAAGGCAAUAGAGCAGCAAAAGAACCAAAUUGCCAAGUGCAUCGAGGUGGUGAAGAAGCUCCUGAAGCAGAAAAGCAAUAUAGAAAAAAAGGAGGCGCGGCAGAAGUGCAUGCAAAACCGACUACGGCUCGGUCAGUUUGUCACGCAGCGCGUCGGCGCCACGUUCCAAGAGAAUUGGACCGACGGUUACGCUUUCCAGGAGCUCGCGAAACGCCAGGAGGAGAUCACGGCAGAGCGCGAGGAGAUUGAUCGACAGAAGAAGUUAUUGAUGAAGAAGCGGCCUACCAACAGCGAGAGCGGUCGUAAGCGUAACCAGAGCAACAAUAGCGGCAACAGCAGUAACAACAGUUCGAUUGCAACAACGGGCGCGGGUGGUGGGGCCGGCGUUGUGCCGGUGGGUGGCUCCGGUCUCGGAGCGAGCGUUACAGCUGGCAGUGGCGGAGCCAACGCCGCUGGCAGCGGUGCAGCUACUACCAAUAGCAGUGGCGUGAGCAGUACCAGCGGCACAGUCAGUAGCGGAUCGUCAACGCUGCACAACGGGAAUGAUAACAGCACAUUUCUUAAGCCGGAUCCGGUUGUCAGCAGCGGCUCGUCAUUUACGCUGCAGGAGUACUAUGAGUGCGAUGAAAUACUGAAGCUGCGCCAGAACGCGCUUAAGAAGGAGGACGCAGAUCUGCAGCUUGAGAUGGAGAAGUUGGAACGGGAGCGCAAUCUUCACAUCCGGGAGCUCAAGAGAAUACACAACGAGGAUCAGUCGCGAUUUAACAAUCAUCCCGUGCUUAACGAUCGCUACCUACUAUUAAUGUUGCUCGGCAAGGGUGGCUUCUCCGAGGUGCACAAGGCUUUUGAUCUGAAGGAGCAACGCUACGUCGCGUGUAAGGUGCACCAGUUGAACAAAGACUGGAAAGAGGACAAAAAAGCUAACUAUAUUAAACACGCGUUACGUGAGUAUAAUAUCCACAAGGCACUUGACCAUCCCCGUGUGGUAAAGCUGUACGAUGUAUUUGAGAUCGAUGCCAACUCAUUUUGCACCGUUCUUGAGUACUGUGACGGACAUGAUCUUGAUUUCUAUCUAAAGCAACACAAGACGAUUCCAGAGAAGGAGGCGCGCUCAAUCAUCAUGCAGGUUGUUUCGGCACUAAAGUAUCUGAACGAGAUCAAACCACCGAUCAUACACUACGACCUGAAGCCAGGCAACAUUCUUCUUACCGAGGGUAACGUGUGCGGUGAGAUCAAGAUUACCGAUUUUGGCCUGUCGAAGGUUAUGGACGAAGAGAACUAUAACCCGGACCACGGUAUGGAUCUCACAUCACAAGGUGCUGGAACUUAUUGGUAUUUGCCACCCGAGUGCUUUGUGGUCGGCAAGAACCCACCGAAGAUCUCGUCUAAAGUGGACGUCUGGAGCGUGGGUGUUAUCUUCUACCAAUGCUUGUACGGUAAGAAGCCGUUCGGGCACAACCAAUCGCAAGCCACAAUUCUCGAGGAGAACACGAUUCUAAAAGCAACGGAAGUGCAGUUCGCCAAUAAACCGACCGUCUCAAACGAAGCCAAGAGCUUUAUUCGUGGUUGUCUGGCGUACCGGAAGGAGGACAGGAUGGAUGUGUUCGCGUUGGCCAAACAUGAAUAUCUGCAACCGCCGGUGUCGAAACACAAUCGUUCAUCGAACCAGCAGAACCAGCAUGCUGUCGUGAAUAGCACCAACAGUGGAGCCGCCGCCGGCGGUGCAGGUGGUGGCGGCGGUGGAGGUGGUGGUGGUUCAGGCGGAUCUGGAGGAGCGGGUGGGAACCCGGUCGGUCAGCAGACUACAUUUUCGACCGGCAUGUUCGGCAACAUGAACCAAUCUAGUUCAUCUUAGCUGUCCUUCCGCAGUGGCGGCGUCAUGAGCAAUAAGCGUACCGGUACCGGCAGCGUAUCCUCCUUUCUCUUCGCUCAUGCUCGGUCGCGCACGGCAGGCGCCGGGGGUAUUACGACUCCUUCGCCUUCAUCGGGCAUUGCCAACGAACCUACGACUCCACUGCUGCCUCCUGCGGGCCAUCGAGCAUCAUCCUCAUCAGUCCUGUUUCUACCGUGUAGUAGCGGGACAGAGGUAGGCGGCAUGAAGCAUAAAACCGCCAGCAGUAGCAACACCACAUCCACUUCCAAUAAUAAUGCAGCACCACUAAGCACGACAAGGGUCAGUAUUUUUGGCGGAACAGCACGGAAUGUGUCGGCAGAACAAGACGAUCGUCGGUCACAGAUGGGCCGGGCGAACCGAAACAGCAUCGGUGGAAGUGCUUCGCCGAAAAACGGAGGAGCGGCCAAGAAGCACAGUAUUAUCUUGAAACCAUCAUCACAGCAGCAGCAACAGCAGCAGCAUCAGCUGAUGCAAUGUAGUAGUGCUGGCAGCAAUCAAUCAUUGGUAACCGUGUGUCGUCAAUCAGCAACAGUAGCAAUUCAGCAAGUAAACCAGGCGCAAUCACUAUUGCAAGCCUCUGUAAUCCGGCGACAGCAGCAGCCGCAAGAACAGUACAGGCAUCAGCAGCAUCCAUUGGCUACUACAACCCAUCUGUUUAAUCUACCUAUUGCGGUACCAACCAAGCCACAACUGCGUACCUCCCAGCACCGCCACCAGCUGCUGCUGCUGCGAAAGGCGGUUGCUGCCAACGGCGUGGCUGCAGCAGCGGCUUGUCAACCAACCGUAGUUUGCACUUCUACCAAUAGCCCUGCAUCGACUCUAGCGACCUCCACGUCGUCUUCAUCGUCCUCGUCCUCGUCAUCCGAAUCAUCGUCGACAUUUGCCAAGUCCACUGUGCCAUUGACGCACAGCCCCCUAACUCCUAACAACAACACCAAUGGCAUCAGCAUGCGGGCAGCAUGCCAACCGAUGAAUGGAGCCUAAAGCGUCCUUAGAUUGCCCCCUGUGUACUGUCAAGGUACUGCCGCACACCGUCGUCUUAACUUUUGUGUGACACUAAUGCCAGUAAAUUUUUCAAUACCAUCGGCAUCUGAUGUUGCGCGUCGACAGCAGCUGCACCUCACAACCAAUCAAUAACAUUCCUAUUCUCCACGACGCUCCGUUCCACUCGCAGAUGAGCGCGCUUCCAAUGGGUGCGUUCGGAAGAUGCCAAGACGUGAAAGAGGGAUAAAUAGGCGAAAAGGAACUGCAAGCAAAGUGACAAAGUAGGAGAGAAUGGUAUUUGGCUAAACUAAUCGCAAAAGUCUGUACAGUUCAUAAUGAGCGAAGAUGUACAUAGUUUAUGCUUUUGAGGAAUCGACCGUUCGAUAGUCAGUAGAAGUUAUUUCGCGGUUUAGGUUUUAGUUUUUUUAUCUGUAAUAUGACUUCAUGAAAUGUACAGAUUAGUGUUGCGUGUGCUGUAGUGUACAUUAGCCAACAACACAUCUGUCUCAUUAGGCGGAUUAUUUCACAUGUUUUUGAUAUCAUUUGAUUCCUAGCUAUGGAUUCAAACGCAGCAAGCAAAGAAUGGCUGACAUGAAACGCCCUUCCCCACGGGAUGUCUACGCUGAUACCGUAUAAGUAACGCAUGUAUACUUUAGUUUAAAUACUUUUUGCACUGACUUUCAAUACUUAGAAUUUGAACAAGUAGGCCUGGGUAUCUACUGGUUUAUGCCUUAUAAUUUAUAAGUUUACCAGUUCUUAACCCAUCUGAUCGGUCGUCGGAGAAGGGACGAGGGUUGGGAAAUGAUUAUGGUUUUUUACUUCUUAAAUUGCAAAUGAUGCAAAUGAGCGAGGGAAAAAAGCAAAAGAAAAGAUAUGAAAUGAAAAAAAAGAACGAUUAGUGUCUUCUUGAAUGACUUGAUACACUCGAAACGAGAAGUGUUUUGUUUUUUUUUUUUCGUUCUUCACAUUUAUAUAUCACAAGCGCUGCGGCUUAUGACGUAAACGGACAAACAGCACGGAUAAAUCGAACGAAAGUUGAAAACUAAGCUGAACGGAGCUGUAAUCACUCAUUCUGCAUCCCAUGAGUUAUGCUACCCAACGAUGUGGCAAAAUAAGCAGACAACACAAGAUGAUUAGAAGUUUGAAAUGUUUGUUUGAAGAAUAAGAGAAGUUUGAAAAACGGGGCACGCAGAUCCUACAAUAUGAUAGUAUAAAAACUAGAUAAUAAAGUAUGUAAAAAUUGGUAAUCGGUAAUAAAAGGGCGUGAAGAAGGAGCAAACCUUGUAAACAUCUCAUAGUUACAAACUGGCCCACCCGCUUCCCUCCUAAACAAAAGAAGGAUACGGAAGAACACGCACCCAUGUGCACACACACAUAUGCGCAUACAUAUUAGAACUGCCGCAUGAGAUGAAGUGUAGAAUCAUCGUGUAUUUUAACUGGAAAAGUGAAAUAUUAGAAAGGAUUUAUACCAGGAUCAUGAAUAAGCUAGGUACUGUUGGCAAAAGGGAAGGGGGGGGGGGGGGGCGUAAAGUAAUUACAAGCGUGUGCGUGCGAAUAUUAAUAUUCAUUCCUAUGCGUGAACAAUGGCAGAGUAACACUCAACCGGGAAUUGUACAUACGUUAUUUUCCCUAAAGUUUUUUUUGGUCUGUUGCCGUGCGCCUACACUGUCGGUAUUAUUGGAAGGUGAAAACGAUUUUGUAGCGUCCACUCUAAGGGGUCUCAGGAUUCGUUCAUGGAGGCAAGCCAUAGUCCAUUGUCCAGACUAUACUUGGCGAAAAAUGUACCGUAGCAUUAGAAAAACUUCUAGAGGUCUGUCACUUUUUCUUACGUUUUGAAACCGAUACGGCUGUUGAUCUCGUUUUCUUAGCUACAUGCGAUAUUAAAAUGGUAGAAAAUCGGAAUAAUCAUCAGAAAUUUGCUACGUCCAUCGACACUUUAGCUGUUAAAAUUGAAAGAGCAACUGCUUCACUUCAACACUAUAUUUGUUGAUUGCGCUUUUUAAAAUAUGUUUACAGAUUUAAUCUAUUUCAAACUACUGAGCGUUCAAUUUUCAAAGCAGAUGAAAUUUUAGGUCUCUAUGAUUUCGCCAAUUUCUAGGCCUAAAAUUUCAUAGUGUGGACGCUAGAAAAUACAAAUUACCACCAUACAUUGGCUUAGAUUUUUAUAAUCUGGGCAAAGGGUGACCCCUAUGACAGCGAAAGAACAAACGAAGUUGUCGCUCGAGCCCCAUUGCUUUUUUCAUGCUAUGGUAGAAAGGGAGACUGCAUGCUUUCUUUCUCUGCCAAAUUAAAAAUAAAGCUGUUUGUGGAAAAGGCGUUAUGCAAAUGCGGCACCUGAUCUAUGCUACCAACCCCCUCCCCCCACCCCACUCCCUCUCCAUACUUCCUCCCUCUUCUUUACUAAUUCGAAUUCUACUUAUUCUUCUGAUUUCCUGCUAGGGUGGCAUUGUCGUUGGCGGUGCGUAUCUAUAACAUAGUAACCAACGAUAGUAAAACUGGAGUAGGUUAUGACCACACAUCUUAUCUUAAACAUUCAUGUACUUUACAUGAACCCAUAACCGUCCCAUCCUGCACUUAUCUGUGAAAAACGCGUAACUGUAACAUACCAUUAAAGGCAAUGUAUUCGCAAGUCAAGCAAAAGUUUCUAUAUUUUCCGGAACAUGUACUGGUCAUUUCGCUGCUCUAUUGGUGGUCAUUUCACUGCUCCAUUUGCACUUUAAUCUACUGGUUGCGACAGUUAAAGUUAAUUUUUCAAAACCCUAUUUUUCUGCUGAUACCGUUAUCUAUUUAUUGAUAGCUGUUGCAAAUGUGCAACUUUAUUCCAAUCUAUUAGCGCACAGAGCACUGACUUUUUGACAUCAAACAUUUUUUUAUUUAAAUAAAAAGAGAAUGUAUAAAUUAAAAAAGAUUCUCAUGCUUGUCUUAACCCAUAAUGAGGCAGUUAUGCGUUCAUGGGCAGUGCUCCUCUCAACCGUUCUUAAUCUAACUCCUAAGCGAAAUGGGGCAUAGAAAGCUGUGUUACCAGUGGCAAAGGACGAUGAGAUUGGUUUUUACGUAGUGUUUUACGUAGUCGAAAAUCCAUAGGCUACAGGGCGAAUGUAUGAUUAUGGGUAUUCUUGAAGCGAAUGAUAGAGAAAAAGGAUAAAUGUGCACGUGUGCGUGUGUGUGUGUUUGUGUGUGUGUGUUUGCGCAAAGCACCGCAGCGGCUACAAGAUGCAUCCAAAUGAUUUACGUAAAAAUACAGCAAAAAGAUAAAUGUACGCUCAUUUACUAGCGGAUAAAUAUUCAAAGUUAGUGGUUAUUUCCAACAUGCAUGUUAGCAGGCAUACAUACACACGCAGGUAUGUGGAAAAUGGAAUGAAAAUAAACCAAAAAAAAAUUGAUAAAAAGAUACCCGCUCCCCUCCCAAACUCUGCGGUGGAAAAACAAACAGACAAGAAUGUAGUCGGGAAAAGAAAAAACACAUAAGUUUGCCAGGAGAAAAUAGGACCAGGUUGAUGAUGGUGGGUGAUAUUGCCAAGCACGGGGGUAGGUCGGAUGAGGGAGACGCAAAAAAGCACGUGGAACAGCGGAGAUCAAUGUACCCAUCAAUAGAAUAGAAUCCCCAACCCACCAAUUGAUCAGACGGUGGGUGCCUGCCAGUGCGCGAACACCUACACCCAGGUGUGUCUGUUUGUGUGUGCAAAUUCAAGGUGCGCGCGCUAUUAAGGAUAACUGGUGGGAUCUUUAUUCCGGGUCGGGUCGCAAGUGGGCCUCUUCGAUUAUUAUGUAGACAAACUCAAAUUAGCAUCCGGGUCGCUUUGGAAAAUAACAGCUACUCAGUCGGCCGCAGUGUAAUAUAACACUCACUUGGCGGGCCGCAUCACAAACAAAAUCAUAUAAAAUUACGUUUAACUUUACUUGGAGGAGGGUGUAGAGGGUUUGCUGCUGUUACCUAAUAUUAUGGAAUUGAAGGUCUCAGAUCCGCCGAGCCGUCGGAGAGCAACAAAGAUUAUAAUUAAUUCAUUGAACAAAUCCGAAUACGACUUCACACAUAUACUCGCUAAGCCCCCUCCCCUACCCAUCUCCAACCCCCUUCCCACAACAACACACACACACACACACAACGCGCCAGAGAAAAGAGAAAGCAAAUGGUAACAAAAUACUGAAAAUAAUAAUAAAGAUAAAUAAUUAUAAUAAAUUAUUUAAGAUACGGCAAGAAAAACUCUUCUACGUGUAAUAAUUGAAGUAAAAAAUAAAUAUUAAAACA